AUGGGCAAGCAAGGGAGGAUGGCGCAAGAGCGAAGGCGCGUUUCUGCCUCUCCUUCUUGCCCCCCACUGCACCUUCCGAUAUUCGAUCAUACCAUGUCGCACGGCGUCAAACGCGCCCGCCAAAGCCCUGAGGCCGUCGCAGCCCGCAAACAGAAAGAGCAGGCGAAACUUAACGAAUAUAUUUCUUUGACUGAUACUAUAUUUUCCAAGAAGAAGAGCGAAGACUGGAGCCAGGAUGCUUUCCAGCUUACCACCCGCUUGCUCCAGCUCAACCCGGAGUUUUACACCAUAUGGAAUUACAGGCGCAAUAUCAUGACCAAGGGACUAUUCCCAGCGAGUACGCCUGAGCAGAUCAACGACUUACUGUCAACGGAUCUUCAAAUGACCACCGCAGCACUCAAGCAGCACCCGAAGGUGUACUGGAUAUGGAACCACCGGCGAUGGUGUCUCGAAAACGUCCCCCUCGGGCCACCAGGUGAUGACCAUGGUUGGAGGAAGGCACAUUGGGACAGGGAGCUGUUCGUUGUUGAGAAAAUGCUCGACGUCGAUGCUAGGAACUUCCAUGCAUGGGGCUAUCGUCGAUACGUUCUCGCCAGCAUGCCAGUUCCUCGGCACCCGCACACGGAGCUCGACUACACGACGCGCAAGAUCGAGGCCAGCUUCUCCAACUUCAGCGCAUGGCACCAGCGGACCAAGGUCCUCCAGACGCUGUGGGACAACGGCGAGCUUGAUCCCGUCCAGAGCCGGGAAGAAGAGUUCGAGCUAGUCCACAACGCGCUUUACACAGACCCUGCCGAUCAGAGUGCCUGGCUAUACCACAGGUGGCUCAUAGGAGAAGGCAAGGAUAGGGCCGUGGUGGAACGCGAGAUGAGCGUGAUCCAGGAACUGUUGGACGAACAGCCGGAUAGCAAAUGGUGCAUGGAGACCCUCGUCCACUACAAGCGGAUCUCGAUUAGGACGCAUUCAAACGAGUUGACCGCCAUGGAGCGAAAUAAGCUCGCCGAUGAAUGCGGCGAGUUACUCAAGCGUCUGAUAGAGUUAGAUCCCGCGCGGCGGCGGAGGUAUGAGGAGAUCUCGACGGACGUGGAUAGCACGAAGCUAUAGCUGCCGUUGGGGGGGGGGGGUCUGCGAGGGUGGAGAAGGAACAAGGCUGGAAGUUGGGAGACGGACCUCAAGGGAGGGGGAGCGAUAUGCAGAUGCAAUGAUGAACGGGCGCCGAAUGUGUGGGUGAGUUAUCUCGUCCUUCAAUGCGUCUCUCGGCAU